UAAUGUAUGGCACAGCACAUUUUGGAGAUUUCAGAUUCACGUGCAGCCAGUCCAUCGCUGAAAAGAUUCCUGUUUGUGUACGGUAACAUUAGUCAAAUCGAAAAUGGCUCCAGUUUCCUUGCAGCUGAGGAUCUUUCUGUUAUAUGUAACCUUUACCGUAGCUGCAGCGGCACCAACAUCAAGCGACGACAAAGAAUUUUUGGAUAACGACAUUCCAGCGGACUGGAGGGACUACAUUGACAAAGACAUGUUAUCCAUAUGGCCAGUAAAAGAUACAUCCGAUGGAUUGCUUCAAGGGGACAUCGCCGGCAUAGAUCCCUCUACGGUCAUUGGUGUAGCUCAUACACAGGCGAACGCAGUGAAGGAUGAAAGUCUGCUGUGGCCCAACAGUUUGGUCCCUUACGAAAUGUCACGCAGUGUCAGCAACAGCCAAACGAAAUUCAUCAAGGAGGCCAUGGCUGGUAUCGAAGCGAAGACGUGUAUACGAUUUGUUCCACGGAAAUACGAGGACGAUUAUCUGGCUGUCGUCGCCGGGACAAGCUGCCACUCCAUGGUGGGCAGGCAGGGAUCACGACAGGAAAUUGCCAUGCAUCGCGGAUGUCAAGAUGGAUUCGGCGCCACACAACACGAAUUCCUUCAUGCACUGGGAUUCUUCCACGAGCACGCGCGCCCCGACCGGGAUAAAUACAUCACCAUCAACACCAAAAAUUUAGAAGGAGGCGACGACACUGCCGCGCAGUUCAAAGCGCAGACCGCCCAAGCGGCGACCACCCUGGACACCCCCUACGACUAUGAAUCGGCCAUGCAUUACGGCUGGAAUGUCUUCUCCCGCAAUCGCAACUACCCGACCAUCCUGCCCAAACAAAAGGGCGCGAAGAUCGGUCAACGGCAGAAACUCAGUGAUAUGGAUAUUCUCCGCAUCAACAAACUGUAUAAAUGUAAGGACUACCUGAUACCCAGUCAACCGCCCCCGGCGAACAUCAGCACCGUGGCAUAUGAUGAGAAUCUGCAGAACUGGGCGGUGCUGUGUAACGGGAUUGUGGAAAUGGACGACGGUUGGGAUGAAAAUCCCGAUGUGUGUCUGAAGCUGUGCGAUAAAAUCGACAAUGACCUUUAUAAAAAUGCCUUUAUUAAUGAACGGGAACGAUACAGUGGAAAAGUGCUUUAUAAUGCGCCUACAACGAAACAGUGCAGCAAGAAGGCGUAUCUGUGCGAUGGUAUUAAAAAGGAUGACAAAGAUGAUAGCGAAGAUAUCAAUGUCUGCCAGCAAUUUUGCAAAGGUGGCGGUUACGUAGCGAUUGCGCCCACUUAUAUGUGCGUCCAUUUUCUGGAGCUGUGCAAUGGUAAAAAGGCUAACAAAUUUUCUGGCGGUGAUGGAUCGGACGAAAUCAAGGACAACUGUAUUAAGUACUGUGGUGACCUUGAUAAACAAGAGGGAGGAGAACAAAAGUAUUUCAAUCUGGAGCCGAGCGGGCAGUGUCUGAUGAAGGACUGGCUGUGCGACGGGCGUACACACGCUCCUAAAGUCCCCACAAACGAUCGGGAUGUGUGUCAAAAAUACUGCACUGGAGGGGGCUAUUUCCCAACGGGCGACACUUCACAGUGUAUUCAUUAUACGUGGCUGUGUGAUGGGCGGAAUGAUACGACCACGGGAUGGGAUGAGAUUAAGCAGAACUGCCUAGAUGCAUGUCCAAAGGUACCGGAAAUGGAUGGUGAACUGUUUAAUAUGGAUCCAUCUGGUCAGUGUAUACAUAAACGCCAGCUAUGCAAUGGUCACAAACUGGAAACCGGCAGUGCACCGACCAACAUGCAGGAUGUUUGUAUAAAGUACUGCCAGGGCAAUCUGUAUUUUCCCAUGCCGGAUACCAAUCAGUGUUUGAAAGCCACGGAUUUAUGCGAUGGAAAGAAGGAUACAGAUAGCGGAUGGGACGAGACGAAUAAAAACUGCGUUUCCUACUGUCGGAAGAUGAAUACCAGCAAAAAUUUGUUGAUAAACCCUAAGACAAAACGUUGUUCAGUGAGACAGCUUUAAAUUCUUUUUUAAUUUUUUUCUCAGCUGCGUUCGAAGUUUGAAGUCUGUUUCCAAGUUAAGCAAAACAUAAAGCUUAUACGGUACAGGCUGGCCUAAUAUAUAGAAGUAUACCUGCAAACUGUAAUUAAAAUUCUGCCGGUACUGUACUUAAGACUUUAGGUGCAUUCAAAAUUAAAAAACAGA